CAGUUUAUGACACAAGGUCAAGUGACGUCCAUUUGUUUGCACUGUUAAAUGCCUGAACCAAAAGACGAUCCAUGAAAAAUCUACUCUUCAUUUCUACUCGCAACAGCAACGACAUGAGCGUCGAUUUACGCGCCUGUUUCAAACGUCCCGACGGAGUGAAGGGUGGUCGCAAUGGCGAAGGGGACUCGAGAAAAGAACACGAUGAGAGGAAUCUCCAUGCUAUGAUAAUCCUCUUCUCCCUUAAAGAAGAAGUGGGAGCUUUGGCGGAAGCACUAAAGAUAUUCAAAGAGAAUCAUGUCAAUCUGUACCACAUUGAGUCUCGUUCUUCUAAGAGGCUGGAUGACAGCUACGAAUUCAUGGUGGAAUGUGAUACAAGGCAAGGAAAUAUUACUGCGGCUAUGGAACAACUGAGAACUAAUUCAGAAUAUAUGACCGUCAUUUCGAGGGAUCACAAAGAGAACGAAGAUACUGUACCUUGGUUCCCUCGAAAAAUCAAAGAACUUGACAGAUUUGCCAAUCAUAUAUUAUCCUAUGGAUCGGAGCUAGAUGCUGACCAUCCGGGUUUUACAGACGAAACUUACAGAGCUAGAAGGAAAUAUUUCGCUGAUAUCGCCUAUCAUUACAGACAUGGCGAACCGAUUCCCAGAGUGCAAUACACAGAAGAAGAAACAGCAGCGUGGGGCACCGUCUUCAAAGAGCUGACGAAGCUGUAUCCUACGCAUGCCUGCAAGGAGUACAACCAUAUUUUCCCUUUAAUGAUUGAGAACUGUGGUUAUAGGGAGGAUAACGUUCCACAACUGGAAGAUGUCUCCAAUUUCUUGAAAGACUGUACAGGUUUUACGCUUCGUCCUGUUGCCGGACUUUUAUCAUCCAGAGAUUUCCUGGCUGGCCUUGCUUUUCGGGUUUUCCACUCUACUCAGUACAUCAGGCAUUCAUCCAAGCCGCUCUAUACUCCUGAACCAGAUAUAUGUCAUGAAUUGUUGGGACAUGCGCCUCUAUUUGCGGACCCUAAUUUUGCAAAGUUCUCUCAAGAAAUCGGACUUGCCUCUCUUGGUGCACCAGAUGAUUACAUCGAGAAGUUAGCGACGUGCUAUUGGUUUACUGUUGAAUUCGGCUUAUGUAAGCAAAAUGACAAAAUAAAAGCUUAUGGGGCUGGAUUACUAUCCUCAUAUGGAGAAUUAGAAUACUCUCUAUCGGAUAAGCCAGAAAUCCGGGAUUUCGAUCCCCCGAAAACUGGCGCUCAGAAAUACCCCAUCACAGAGUACCAGCCAGUUUAUUAUUUAGCAGAAAGCUUCGAAGAUGCUCAGAAGAAAGUAAGGGAAUUUGCUCUCUCGAUUCCCCGGCCCUUCACAGUGCAUUAUAACCCAUAUACUCAGAGCGUAGAAAUUCUGGAUGCAAAGCCACAAGUUGAAGAACUUGCAAGAGAUAUCCACUCUGAAUUGGAACUGUUGAUGGAUGCUCUUAAGAAAAUCUGAAAAGAAGGUAACUUUAAAUAAGAAUUAUACCAAUAUUCGAUGAUAUCGGAGUAUAAAUCCAGGAUUUUAUUCAUUUUUUAUGAAUAUCCAUGUUUGAUCUUCUUUGUGUAUUAUGCCCGGACACUUUAAUGUAAAAAUAAAUGUGAUAGCACUGUAUCUAAUACAUGUGUUUAUUUUCGAAAAAGUCAUGCGAUUUAUUUUAUUCACUUCUGUAGAAAGAUAUGUGAAUGUUAUUUUUAUUACGUGUAAGUCCACACUAGGAAAUAAAUAUCAUUUUUAUUUCUUUA